AUGCUUCUAAAGCGGUUGUUUUUAUCAUACCCAAAAGCAGUGAAUCGAUUACAUCAAAUUACACAUGGUGGUAAUAAUGCAAGCCCCAAUUUCAAUAUUGUCCCAUUCGAUGCCAUUCUUAAACAACGAGAUUUCAGCACGGAUAUCACUCACGCAACCGAAGAUGGACAAAAGCCGGUAACAGUUUCUCUGUACCAGAUGAAAAAAAUCAUCAAAGGUUCUAGUUCAGCGCUGGGCGAUUGCAUUGAGGGUGCCACAUGCAUUCAAACGAUUUGCCCUGUCUGCCACAUUAUUCCGGGCGGUUCAGAUUCCAAGUCACCGGAGAAAAGCAUUACAGACGGUAUCCGAAACCGGAUAUUCGUAAACAAGACGACAGGCAACUUCACGUGUUCUUCUUGUCAGUAUCAGGGUCGGUGGGACCAUAUCGAAAAGUUUUUCCUGCCCUACAGCCGUUCGCCGAAAACGGUGCAGGAGCUAAGAAAACUUAGAGAUGCAUUUUUGGAGCUUAAAAAAGAGCAAAUGGGGGCCGCGUAUCCAAUGCCAGGAGAUAUCGUUGCACUGGAUACAAUAGAAAACGCUCUUAAUGCAAUACGGCAGCUUCAACUGGAGAACAUCUUUCCCGAGACGCUGAUAGCUGUGAAAGCAUGUUGGCAUGAAGGAAAGAAGGAACUCUUCAUACCGCUAGUCGACGUGGAAGAUCGGCCAAUCGGGUACAAGACUAUUUACACGAACUCCGACGGGGAAAUUUGCGAACGCACUGUACCAGAAACCAAUGCAAGUGGGCUGAUUUAUUUGCGAUGCUCAACAUCGGGUCCUUCAACCAAAACCAAAGAUCAUCAAAGCCAAUCGAAUGCCAUCCUAGUGCUAAAUGUGCCCGAUCUGCUAGCCCUAGGCAGCGUAAAACUUAAUGCGACGGCUGUGUGUCUUCCUCAUGGUUUGAAAACGCUACCUCAACAAUGCCUGCCCGGGUUGGAGCGGUUCCAACGGUUAACGCUCUGGUUCAAUUACGAUACUGCUGGUUGGGACACGGCUCGCAAUUACGCUAAAAAACUGGAUGAACGAAGGUGUCUGUUCGUGCGACCAACCGAUCAGCAUCCGACCCCGUAUAAAGCCAUGCAGGAAGGGAUCGUUGAGCCAAAGGCAAUCCUGGCAAAAGCGCUACCGAUCCUUCAUCAAUCCAUUACGACAUUUCGAUCUCUGCGACAAGACGUGCUGAGCGAUCUGCAGAAUAUCGACAAAGUGCAGGGCGUCAAGUGGAAACGUUAUCCAACGCUCAACAAGCUGCUGAAAGGCCAUCGCAAGGGAGAACUAACUGUGCUCACUGGACCGACGGGUUGCGGCAAAACCACGUUUAUGUCAGACUACUCGUUGGAUUUGGCCCAGCAAGGAGUGUCGACACUUUGGGGCUCUUUCGAGAUUCGGAACACACGCCUCGCAGUAACGCUUCUCCGGCAAAUGGUUGGUCGGCCACUUGACGAAAAUCUGGGGGAAUUCGAGCAGUGGGCUGACACGUUUGAGCGCCUUCCAAUCUACUUUAUGACCUUCCACGGUCAACAGCCGAUCAAGCUGGUGAUGGAAGCGAUUGAGCACGCACAGUACGUGCACGACAUACAGCAUGUCAUCAUCGACAAUCUCCAAUUUAUGAUGGGUGUCCUGGAUGAAGCGAAGCAUCUAGACCGAUACUGGAAGCAAGAUGCGAUAAUAGCUGCUUUUCGCACGUUUGCCACGAGGCGCAACUGUCACGUGACGCUGGUGAUACACCCGCGCAAGGAACGGGAUUCGGACGAGCUAACGACGAGUUCGAUUUUUGGUGGAGCGAAAGCUUCUCAAGAAGCGGACAACGUGUUGAUUAUUCAGGAUAAACGGUUAACGUCGGUGAGAGGCAAAAAGUAUCUGCAAGUAGCGAAGAAUCGAUACAGUGGCGACCUUGGCAUUAUGCCGCUCGACUUCGACAAGGCGAGUCUUAGUUACGCGCAGCGGAAAAAGAAACCGGAGGGUGGCAGCGACGACGGAGUACCGCCAAGUACGAACGAAGAACCCGUGAAUCAUCCAAUGCACAGAACAAUUGGAAGGAUUCUUUAAUUUUUCACCCUAAACACAGAU